AUGGUGCAAGCUACUUCGUUGAGGUUGGCAAUCACGGUGGAGGUGGCUUUCCUCACACUCCGUCCAUUGCCUGAUCUAGAUCUCAAGCCUUACCUUCAUGAGAAGACGGCCGUUGUCCAAAGAUUUGGCGUAGGUGGCUCUUCACCUAGGGUCUAUAAUUUUGAUCCUCCUUUUCACGGUGUUGGGCCAGGUUUUUGGCAACUAUGGUUGUUGGGUACCAUCCUUUCACCCAUCUUUACGUGUUUGGCUAGUUACUCUGUGAUGGGAAUUGCGAAGCCGAGUGAUGUUUUUGUCUUUCUUGACAAACCUAUGGAGACUGGCCCAAUGGAGUCUCCUAGACGCCUUCCUUAA